GUUCAACCUUAAAGUGCAGUUGCAGAUUCUGGCAAGUUUCAUGCUCACUGGAGUUUCUGGAGGUGCAAAGUACGCUCAGAAUGGACAACUUUUUGGUCGCUUUAAGCUUACUGAAACACUUUCUGAAGAUACUUUGGCUGGACGGCUGGUGAUGACCAAAGUCAAUGCUGUUUAUUUAUUACCAGUCCCUAAAGAGAAGUUAGUACAGACCCAGGGAACCAAAGAGAAGGUUUAUGAAGCUACUAUUGAAGAAAAAACAAAAGAAUAUAUAUUUUUAAGGAUAUCCAGGGAAUGCUGUGAAGAACUUAAUCUUCGGCCUGAUUAUGACACACAGGUUGAACUUCAGUUUCAAUUAAAUCGAUUACCCCUCUGUGAAAUGCAUUAUGCGCUAGACAGGAUCAAGGACAACGGGGUUUUGUUUCCAGACACCACUAUGACUCCAACCAUACCUUGGAGUCCCAACAGACAGUGGGAUGAGCAGUUGGAUCCUCGGCUAAAUGCAAAACAGAAAGAGGCUGUUCUGGCCAUUACAACUCCACUUUCAAUACAGCUGCCUCCUGUUCUCAUCAUUGGACCCUAUGGGACAGGCAAAACGUUCACUCUAGCUCAGGCCGUGAAGCACAUACUCCAGCAGCAGGAGACCAGCAGGAUCCUCAUUUGCACCCAUUCUAAUAGUGCUGCUGACCUCUACAUAAAGGAUUAUUUACAUCCAUAUGUAGAAGCAGGCAAUCCCCAGGCAAGACCUCUCAGGGUAUAUUUCAGAAAUCGCUGGGUAAAGACUGUCCACCCAGUUGUGCAUCAGUACUGUUUGAUCUCGAGCGCACAUUCCACCUUUCAGAUGCCACAGAAAGAAGAUAUUCUUAAACACCGAGUGGUUGUUGUUACAUUGAAUACCUCCCAGUACCUCUGUCAGUUGGACCUGGAACCUGGGUUUUUUACACACAUUUUAUUAGACGAAGCUGCCCAGGCCAUGGAGUGUGAAACCAUUAUGCCUCUAGCGUUAGCAACUAAAAACACUCGGAUUGUCUUGGCUGGUGACCACAUGCAGCUCAGUCCUUUUGUUUACAGCGAGUUUGCCAGGGAGAGAAACCUUCAUGUUUCAUUACUUGAUCGACUCUAUGAGCAUUACCCUGCCGAGUUUCCAUGUAGGAUCCUCCUAUGUGAGAACUACCGCUCCCAUGAAGCUAUCAUCAAUUACACCUCUGAGCUCUUCUAUGAGGGCAAACUGAUGGCCAGUGGAAAGCAACCAGCACACAAGGAUUUCUACCCACUAACUUUCUUUACAGCACGAGGGGAAGAUGUACAAGAAAAAAAUAGCACAGCUUUUUAUAAUAAUGCAGAGGUAUUCGAAGUGGUGGAACGUGUGGAAGAGUUGAGAAGGAAGUGGCCAGUCGCGUGGGGGAAGCUGGAUGAUGGCAGUAUUGGUGUGGUGACUCCAUAUGCCGAUCAAGUGUUUAGGAUACGUGCUGAACUUCGAAAAAAGAGAUUAUCUGAUGUUAAUGUAGAAAGGGUGCUAAAUGUUCAAGGAAAACAGUUCAGAGUUUUGUUUCUUAGCACAGUACGUACAAGGCAUACUUGUAAACAUAAACAGACACCGAUUAAAAAGAAAGAGCAGCUGCUGGAAGAUUCCACAGAGGAUUUAGAUUAUGGUUUUUUAUCUAACUACAAACUUCUCAAUACUGCCAUCACAAGAGCACAAUCCCUGGUUGCUGUGGUGGGUGAUCCCAUUGCUCUGUGCUCUAUUGGAAGAUGCAGGAAAUUUUGGGAACGGUUUAUUGCCCUGUGUCAUGAAAAUAAUAGCCUGCACGGAAUCACUUUUGAACAGAUCAAAGCUCAGCUAGAGGCUUUAGAACUCAAGAAGACGUAUGUGUUGAAUCCGCUGGCACCUGAAUUUAUCCCCCGGGCUCUGAGACUGCAGCAUUCAGGAAAUACCAACAAACUGCAGCAGUCACCCCCCAAGGGGAAAAGCCUCCAUCAUACCCAGAAUGAUCAUUUCCAGAAUGAUGGAACUGUUCAGCCCAAUCCUUCUGUACUUAUUGGCAAUCCUAUUAGAGCAUAUACUCCUCCACCACCUCUUGGACCUCACCCAAAUUUGGGGAAGUCUCCAAGCCCUGUUCAGAGAAUAGACCCUCACACUGGGACCAGUAUUCUUUACGUACCUGCUGUCUAUGGAGGGAAUGUAGUCAUGUCGGUGCCUUUACCUGUACCAUGGACAGGGUACCAGGGCAGAUUUGCAGUCGAUCCUCGGAUCCUUACACACCAGGCAGCGAUGGCCUACAAUAUGAACCUCUUACAGACACACGGGCGGGGGUCUCCCAUACCAUACGGCCUUGGGCACCACCCACCUGUCAGCAUAGGGCAGCCACAAAACCCGCAUCAGGAGAAGGAGCAGCAUGAGCCAAGUCGAAAUGGUAAAAGCGAUACAAAUAACCCUGGACCUGAAAUUAAUAAGAUUCGAACACCAGAGAAAAAGCCUACAGAAUCAAAACAGAUUGAUUUGGAAUCAAAUCCACAGAACAGAAGUCCUGAGUCGCGUCCUGGUGUUGUUUAUCCCAAUACCAAAUUUCAUCGCAAAGAUAAUCUCAACCCGAGACACAUAAAUCUUCCUCUCCCUUCUCCCCAUGCACAGUAUGCAAUCCCCAGUCGUCAUUUUCAUCCCCUUCCCCAGCUACCCAGACCACCGUUUCCAAUUCCACAACAGCACGCUGCCUUGCUAAAUCAGCAGCAGAGUAAUUUGCCUGAACAACCAAAUCAGAUGCCACCCCAACCAAAUCAGGUAGUCCCGCCACAGAAUCCGUUGAACCAGCUGACUCAGCAGCCACCUCCUCAACUUUCUCCUGCCUAUCAGGCAGGACCCAACAGCGCUUUCUUUAAUAGUGCAGUUUCUCACCGACCACAGUCCCCUCCUGCAGAGGCUGUGAUUCCUGAGCAGCAUCCCCCUCCCAUGCUGCAAGAAGGCCACAGUCCUCUGCGAGCCAUCGCACAGCCUGGCCCCCUCCUUCCUUCACAUCUGAAUAACUUCACUGAUGAGAACCCCCCAGGAUUGCCUAUAGGGGAGGCUUUAGAUCGUAUGCACGGGGGUGUAGCUCUAGAAACACUAAGGCAGCAGCAAGUGCGGUUACAGCAGUGGAACGAGCAUCACGCCUAUCUCAGUCAGGGCAGUAUUCCAUACCCACACCAUCACCACCCUCAUCCUCACCUCCAGCAUCUUCCUCAGCCGCCCAUCGGGUUACAUCAGCCGCCAGUGAGAACAGACUGGAAGCUCCCCAGCAGUGCCGAAGAGGAAGCGGAAACAACAGAAUCAAGGUUUCAAGACUUAAUCAGAGAACUAUCUAAUCGUGAUCAAAGUGAAACACGGGAACUAGCUGAAAUGCCACCACCUCAAUCAAGACUUUUGCAAUAUAGACAAAUUCAGACUAGGAGCCCACCAGCAGUCCCAUCUCCCCCAUCCAGCACAGACCACAGUAGCCACUUUUCUAACUUUAAUGACAACAGCAGAGACAUUGAAGUAGCCAACAGCCCAGCAUUUCCACAGCGCCUACCGCCCCAGAUAUUCAGCUCGCCUUUUUCGUUGCCAUCUGAACACCUUGCCCCUCCUCCCUUGAAAUACCUGGCACCUGAUGGAGCAUGGACUUUUGCUAACUUACAACAGAAUCACCUAAUGGGGCCGGGUUUUCCCUAUGGCCUACCUCCAUUGCCUCACAGGCCACCGCAGAACCCUUUUGUACAAAUACAGAAUCAUCAACAUGCUAUUGGUCAAGAGCCAUUUCACCCAUUGUCAUCUCGAACAGUAUCUUCUUCUUCGCUCCCUAGCUUAGAAGAGUAUGAACCCAGAGGACCUGGUCGGCCCUUGUACCAAAGAAGAAUCUCAUCUAGCUCAGUCCAGCCUUGUUCUGAAGAAGUAAGCACUCCUCAAGACAGUCUUGCUCAGUGUAAAGAGCUCCAGGACCAUAAUAACCAAUCUUCUUUCAACUUUUCGUCCCCGGAGUCCUGGGUAAACACCACCUCAUCUACCCCCUAUCAGAACAUUCCGUGUAAUGGAUCCAGCAGGACAGCUCAGCCCAGAGAGCUAAUAGUUCCACCCAAGACCGUCAAAGCCCCUGAGGAUCAGCUGAAGUCUGAGAACCUCGAGGUGUCCAGUUCCUUCAACUAUAAUGUGCUGCAGCAUCUCGGCCAGUUCCCCCCUCUCAUGCCCAACAAGCAGAUCGUGGAGUCGGCCAACAGCAGUAGCCAGCAGGGCUCUGGGGGCAGCAAGCCCACCAUGUCCUAUGCCAGCGCUUUACGGGCCCCUCCCAAGCCCAGGCCGCAGCCUGAGCAGGCCAAGAAGAGUAGCGACCCCCUGUCUCUAUUCCAGGAACUUAGCCUGGGGAGCUCAUCAGGCAGCAAUGGCUUUUACUCCUAUUUUAAAUAAUCACUUUUUUUUCCCUCAAGGGAGAAUGUUUUAAUUUCUGUUUGUAUCAGUAGAAUUAAGAUAGUUGGACUUCAUCUAUAGAUGCACAGUUCCCUUUGUUUUAAUAUUAAAUACGUUCUCACUUAAUUGCUUUGCUGCUAGACUUGCAACUAAUUUUUUAAAAGUAUAUUCCAUUAUUUUGCAUUUUUGACGUGAGUCUUUUGACAGCUUUUAUGUAGAAUAAAAAAUAUUUUUAAAUUUGUGUAUUGUUACAUAUGUUUGCAUCAAGCUAGCAGCUAAGAGGUUAAUUGUGCAACUAUAAAAAAAAA